GACAUGGCGGCGGAGCUACAGCCCGAGUGCAUUUCUGCUCUCCCGUCUUCCUGGACUUAUGGGGUUACUCGGGACGGACGCGUCUUCUUCAUUAACGAGGAAGCCCAGAGUACAACCUGGCUGCAUCCAGAGAGCGGCGAAGCGGUCAUAACCGGACACAGGAAAACUCCAGACCUACCCAAUGGAUGGGAAGAGGGGUUUACCUUUGAAGGAGCAAGAUGCUUUAUAAACCACAAUGAGCGGAAGGUGACCUGCAAACAUCCUGUCUCGGGCUUACCCUCACAAGACAACUGCAUCUUUGUCGUCAACGAACAAACCGCCCCCAAAGUGCCAGCGAAUGAAAAGAAAGAACGGCUGUCAAUCACCAUGAGUGAGGCCUCCAACAACACGCCCAUCCCGGAUUGUGCCGCAAACUCCAACAGUCCAGCAGGAAGACCUUCAAGACCUUCGAAGAAAAUUCAUAACUUUGGGAAACGAUCCAACUCCAUCAGGCGGAAUCCCAGUGCCCCCGUAAUCAAGAGAAACUGGCUUUACAAACAGGACAGCACGGGCAUGAAGCUGUGGAAAAAGAGGUGGUUUGUCCUUUCUGACCUGUGCCUGUUCUACUAUAGAGAUGAGAAGGAAGAGGGAAUUCUUGGCAGCAUCCUCCUGCCCAGCUUCCAGAUAUCCCUGCUGUCUGUAGAUGAUCACAUUAAUAGAAAGUUUGCUUUUAAGGCAACACAUCCCAACAUGCGGACGUACUACUUUUGCACUGACACCGGAAAAGAGAUGGAGUCGUGGAUGAAAGUGAUGACGGACGCCGCAAACGUGCAUUCAGAGCCAUCCAAAAGGUUGGAAAAGCUAAAAGUGGAAGAUAGCGGACCAAGAGAAAUCAGUCAAGUCGCAAACCACAAGCCAGCGCUCACACAGCCUGAAAUCCAAAACAACGAACGUAACCUUCAAGUGGACCGUGACCGAAGCAACGCAGUGACCCCCGGUGCUGAGGGAGAGCAAAGAAAACAGCGUGACGCCGAGCGCUACGGCUUCCAGAAGGACGGGGCAGAGCGUGAACGUCCCCUCACAAAGAUCAACAGUAUUAAGCUACAGCCCGCGCAGGCAGAGACCGUUAAAGCUAAUGUGACCUCGCCCCCGACUCCCAAUGAGGCGGAGAGGACGCUGCAUAGUCCCCAAGUGAAUGGAUCAGGAGAGCCGUGUAAAGCUAAUGGGACGGGGGUCCCUGUCCAGCAGAGUCCCAUCAGCGAGCCUGAACGCAACCUGAGCAGAACCAGCUCCAUGCAGCAGCUGGAGCAGUGGGUUCGAACGCAGAGAGGGCGAGGUCAGGAUGACGAUGCCAGGAGCAUCACCUCAUACCAGACUCUGCCUAGAAAUAUGCCAAGCCAUCGAGUCCCCUACAUGCCUCAUUAUGGAGAAAACUAUCGCAGUAUGCCCAGGAAUAGCAUGGCCCAGCGGGACAGCAUCUGCAGCAUGUCGCCGUCGCUUUACGACCAAGCCCUUGGCCCAGCAGGGGCCGAGAAGCGACGCUCCAUGCGAGACGACACCAUGUGGCAGCUGUACGAGUGGCAGCAGAGACAGGCCUACACCAGGCAGUCGGGGAUCUACAGCAACAUGGCGAGCCCCAAAACCAUGAUAAACCUUUCAGAGCAUACAGGCCUUAGCCCCUCCAUCCCUCCUUCGCCUUCUCACGGUUCCCUGUCCAUGUACGGCGCCUACUCUCCAAUGAGAUCUUACAACAUGGCCAAUGCUCGUCCCGAGGUCGCUUCGCCGAUCUACAGAAGAGACUUGAGCAUCGACAGACGGCAGAGACCACAAAUCAACAAGUACGCCUACCCACCUGAUCGGAGAUCCUUGCCUGCAGGGAUCCCAGUCCAGACUAUCUCUACCCAGUCUCUUCAAAGCAAAACUCCUGAGGAACUGACUUUGCUGCUGAUAAAGCUGCGGCGGCAGCAAGCAGAGCUAAACAGUAUCCGGGACCACACUGUAGCACAGCUUAUGCAACUAAACAUGGAUCACAACCACCCAAAGAACGACAUUCUCUCCCAUCACCUCCAAAGGAACCUCAUGUAUUUGGACAAUCAGAUGAACCCAGAAGACUACAGGGAACCAGUCUACACGUAUGUACCGGAGGUGGAGGACAUUGAUGGUAUAAUCAGCAGACUUUAUGAGCAGGAGAAACUGGUGAAGAUGCAGGAGGAGAAGCUUCAGCAGCUGUUGAGAGAGAAGCACACAUUGGAGACGGCGCUUCUGUCAGCCAGCCAGGAGAUUGAGCUGGGCUCUGAAAACCCGGCCGCCUUGCAGGGCGUCAUUCAGCAGAGAGACUUGCUGCAGAGCGGCCUCCUCAGCACCUGCAGAGAGCUAUCCAGAGUCACUACUGAGUUGGAGCGCUCCAGUAGGGAAUAUGAAAGGAUAGAGGCAGAGCUCAUUAUAGCCAAGAACAACUUGCUGCAGCAGCUUGAAGCUCUGGGAAGCCCACAGACGGAGCCUCCCAGUCAGCUCCAUGUCCGCAUCCAGAAGGAGCUCUGGAGGAUUCAGGAUGUGAUGGAGGCCGUCAACAAACAGAAAGCUCAGAGAAACGCUGCAGAGGGGCCUGGUUUCUAUGGAUCCAAUUCCAACUUCAGUAAGCACAAAAAUGAGGAGGAGGACUCGGCACCCCCGCGGCCGCCUCUUCCCCAUUCCUAUGAGCCGAACUCCCCCGUUGUGCCCCCUCUGCCCGCCUCUCACUCUGGCGCACGGCCAUCUUCGCUCCAAAGGCCAGAGGACAGGAAGGCCAAUCAAAGGAAUAGCUCACAGAGCGGUCCUGACUACAGGCUGUAUAAGAGUGAACCGGAGCUGACCACGGUGGCCGAGGUGGAUGAGAACAACGGAGAGGACCGAUCAGAGCAUCCGUCUGACAGAGAACAUGCUGGAAACAAAGGCAUGUCCUACCCCGUUGGCAUCGUCCCACCCAGAACCAGGUCCCCAGUGCCUGAGUCUUCCUCCAUAGCGUCCUACGUCACUUUGAGGAAAAGCAAGAAGCCCGACCCCAGGACGGAACGUCCACACAGUGCCGUGGAGCAGCAGCUGUGUGCUGUGGACGGCAGCCGGCCCCGGAUGAGCGUGGAGGAGCAGAUGGAGAGGAUUCGCCGCCACCGGCAAGGCACCCUCAGGGAGAAGAAGAAAUCACUGAGCUUCCAGGGAGGCAGCCUGGAGAACACACCCGCCCGCAGUCACUCCUUCAAUCAUUUCCAUAGCAUGAAGGCUCAUAUUAGGCGAAGGGAUGAGGUGAUGAGCAGUGAUAUUCAGGAGCUGGAGGCCUCACUCAGACACCAGGACCUGGUGAGGGACCAGGAGACCCCUGCAGAGGAGAUAGCCCGUCUCAAAGAGUCCUCGCAGGAUGAUCAUUUCAACCUGGAUCGAGAGCUUUCUGUGCCUGAUAAAGUGCUUAUUCCUGAGCGUUACAUUGAAUCAGACCCUGAGGAACCUCUGAGUCCUGAACAGGAGGCUGACAAGCGACGGAAAGUGGACCGUAUUAAAGCCCUAAUAGCAAAAAACAGCAUGGCGAAUGUGCUACCCAGUUUAGCUUUAAGCCCAGAGGACGUGAAUGAAGAGGAGGUUACUGUUCAAGAAAAGGAGAAGAUGAUUAAUAUCUCCUACGAGCUGGCAGCAGAGGCCUCCAAACGCAGCAAGCUGGUAGCAGUGAAAAGCCUGUCGUCUUCUUCCUCACCCCCACAGUCUCCCAACACACCCCCUCAGCUCACUGAUGGCUCUCACUUCAUGUGUGUGUAGUGGCACCACACAGGCUCUGGCCUCAGUAAAGACCUACACAUGAAGGAAAUAACUAGGAAGGCGUAGAACACCUCCUGAGGAUCUUCUUCCUGGAGAUCAGCACAAGGCCUUGACCCACAGAAAGUGGAACUGCCUCCUCAUCCCGUCAGGCAGCCUUUAGCUACGGACUUCUGUUUACUCACUGUGACAUCUAAAGCUUCUAUGCCAACCUUUGGUGACAUUUCUACUUUCAUUGCCCCACUUUGAAAUGAAACUCGCCUCGUUUUUACCAUUGACCGCUGCAGACCUCUGUUUGUUUUUUACUCUAACUGCAGUUUUAUUUAGUUGUUGCAAUACAGGCCGACGUACAUCUGUAUAUUUGGGAGGCUGCAGCCUGAACUCUGUUGAGUCGUUUAGCUCGUAGCAGAAUGUUUGUAGGCCGUGUUUGCCACUUGCAUUUCAACAUAUUUUUUUAAGGUUUUAAGAUGCUUCUGCAUAUUUUUUUAGUUAAAUUUAAUCUAGUAUUUAAUUCAGAUUGCUUUUCAGACGCUGACAUUUAGCUAACUAGUUAUAUUUAUCAAUUUAUGGUGAAGAACGCUCGUCUAUACGGAUGAGUUAUAAACAGAUCUAUAAUCAACAGAUAUAAUAAUGGAGCAACUUUAAUCUAGACAGACUGAAAAUAUUUGUACAUUUUCCAUGUUUCCAGUCAGUGACACAUCGCUGCCAAUAAAUAUACAUAUUUGAAUGUUCAGACUUACGUCGCUCUUUGUUCCCUCUAUCUGAAAUAUAUAUAUUUAAAUUGAGAGAUGGACAAAAAUUUCAGAGUUUGGUAUUAUUUUAGGAUAUGUUGAUUAAAAGCCCUGGAUCUAACAAAAAAAUGCAUGUUUUAAAAAAAAAAGCAAUAAAAAAAAGAAGCCUUUGUCAACUGAAGAUAUUUUUGCGUGUGUAUAAAGUGUAACUAUGAGAGGUUUACUGUGUAUAUAAUGUACAUUGUGCAUCGGAUGGGAAUAUAUACCCACUAUAUAGGUACGUACGUACAUACAGAUUUGAUUUGCAAAUGUUCAUAUCCCAUCUGUUUUAUAUCAUGUUAAAUAAACAUCGGA